AUGACAUCCCCCUCCCAACGCGUCGUGAUAAUCGGCGCCGGCAUAGUCGGGACAAACCUCGCCGACGAACUCCUCAGCCUGGGAUGGAACGCAUCCUCCAUCACAGUAAUCGAGCAAGGCCCGCUCUCCCUACCGGGCGGGUCAACAUCACACGCACCCGGGCUCGUCUUCCAAACAAGCCCGUCAAAAGCAAUGACGCGCUUCGCGCAGUACACGGUGCAGAAACUUCUCUCUAUCAAACAGGACGGAGAAGGGUGUUUUAACCAGCUUGGCGGGCUGGAGGUUGCGACGACGCCGGAGCGCGUGCAGGAGUUGAAGAGGAGGCAUGGGUAUGCGACGGCGUGGGGGGUUGAGGCGAGACUUGUUUCGAGGGAAGAGUGUUUGGAGAUGUAUCCGCAUUUGAAUAAGGAUAUGGUAUUGGGGGGGUUGCAUAUCCCGAGUGAUGGAUUGGCGCUUGCGGCGCGCGCGACGCAGAUCCUGAUUGAGACGACGAGGGCGCAGGGCGUGCGGUAUCUGGCCCAUACUGCUGUGACGGGGAUUGAGCAGGAUGGGGGGAGAGUUACGGGGGUGCGAACGGGGAGUACGACCAUUCCUGCGGAUAUUGUUGUCUCCUGUGCUGGGUUCUGGGGCGUCGAGGUCGGUGCUAUGGCCGGUGUAUCGAUCCCGUUGCUUCCGCUGGCACAUCAGUACGCAAAGACAGGGCCUGUGGCGGCGCUGUCGAACCGCGAUGUGAAUAAGAAGAUCAACGGGUUGAAUGCGACAUUACCGAUCUUGAGGCAUCAGGAUCAGGAUCUAUACUACCGCGAGCAUGGUGAUAGAUACGGGAUUGGGUACUAUGGACACCGGCCGAUGCCUGUUGUCGCCGGGGAGUUAGGGCCUACCGCUGCGCAUGUUGAUGAGAAGAACAUGCCCUCGCGACUGGAGUUCACAGACGAGGAUUUCGCGCCGGCUUGGGAGGAGUCGAAGAAGCUACUCCCUGCGCUACAAGGAACUGAGCUUGACGAUGGCUUCAAUGGCAUCUUCUCCUUUACACCAGACGGAGGUCCAUUGAUCGGACAGGCACCCAACCUCGAUGGAUUCUACGUCGCCGAGGCAGUCUGGGUUACACACUCUGCCGGUGUCGCAAAAGCAGUAGCAGAGAUCCUCACACGCGGCUGGGCCAGUAUCGACGUCGCAGAGUGCGAGCUAUCACGGUUCGAAGAAGUACAGUUGAACAGGGACUACGUCUCCGAGACAUCGCAGCAGAACUUCGUCGAGAUCUACGACAUCCUACACCCGCUACAACCAAAAGAGUCACCGCGAAACCUGCGGACAAGCCCAUUCUACGAGCAGCAGGUCCACCUCGGCGCGGUAUUCCUGGAACUCGGCGGCUUCGAGCGCCCGUUCUGGUACGAGGCGAAUAGGGACCUUGUCCGGUCUCUGCCUGCACACUGGCGCCCUGUCGAUCGAGACCCCUGGUCCAGCCAAUUCUACUCCCCCAUCUCAGCAGCAGAGGCAUGGAAGACUCGCAACGCAGUCGCAAUGUACGACAUGUCCUCGUUCCACCGCUUCAUCGUAUCAGGCCCGGGGGCUGCGUCCCUCCUACAACACUUGACAACGAGCAACGUCAACACGAAGCCAGGAAAAAUCAUAUACACGCUCCUCCUAAACACCAACGCGGGUAUCCGCAGCGACAUCUUCGUGACGAGAUUAAACGCCACCACGUACCAGAUCGGGGCGAACUCCGCUACCGAUCUCGCGUAUCUCCGGCGCGAAGCACGAUCCCAGUCGACAAAAUCACCAAAUACCUGGACCCAGGUGUACGAAAUCACCGGAAACACCUGCGCCAUCGGACUAUGGGGCCCUCGCGCCCUCGACGUAAUCAACAACCUACCAGGGACGGCCGCAGCAGACCUCAGUCCGCAGUCCCUGCCAUACAUGCACGCAAAGCCCGUCACGAUAGCCAGUAUCCCGACGCUUGUAUUCCGCAAGUCGUACGUGGGGGAAUUCGGAUGGGAGAUCCAGACGACAGCCGAGUAUGGGCGUCGACUCUGGGAUGCAUUGUGGACGGCGGGGAAGAUCCACGGGCUUGUUGCGGGCGGGAGGGCUGCGUUUAAUGCGCUGCGGGUUGAGAAGGGGUAUCGCACGUAUGGAAGCGACCUCACUACAGAGCAUGACCCGUAUGAGUCUGGAUUGGCGUUUGCAGUGGACGGGGCUAAGACGGGGGAGUUUGUGGGGAGGGCGGCGUUGUAUCGGAGGCAGGGAGAACCGCUGGGUCGGCGGCUGCGGUGUUUGACUGUUGAUGAUGGGCGGUCGAUGGUUAUGGGUAAGGAACCUGUGUAUAGUGGGGGGAGGGCUGUUGGGUAUGUCACCACUGCGGCGUUUGGGUUUAGUAUCAGGAAGCCGGUGGUUUAUGCCUGGCUGCCGGCGUCGUUGGGGGAGGGGGCAGGGGUUGAGAUUGAGUACUUUGGGAAGAGGAUCAAGGCGAGUGUCGUUGCUGAGCCGGUGUAUGAUGCUGAUGGGAGGAAGCUCACUGGAGAGGGAAAUGUGGAAAGGAUCAAGCCGAUCAGGGCUGUUCUAUAG